AAAUAAUUUGUACAUACAAAUAUACGUUUGUUACAUGGUUCAAUAAAUUGAUAGAAUACAAACUUGCGCGCAUCACAGAGACGAGAUGUCAUAUUACUGCAGCUGUUUGAAUGAAGAAAUUAUAUAAACAAUACGCGAAUAAAUUUCACAAGUGUGAUGUCACACACAGCGAUUCUGAGAGCGGAUAGCGGUACGAGAUGUACCCCACAUUUGUAUUGUAUUCAUGCCUUUUUUUUUGAAGCCAACCUAAUUUCUUUUCGAGAUCUAUAAAAUAUCUAGAACCAUUACAACAUAAAAGUCACUAUUUCAUCAGUUUGUUGCAUUCCAUCUUCAUUACGUCCUACUUAUCGCGGCAACACUGUUAACCCUCGAUCUCUACGAAAAUGGUGGAUGGCACAGCGAAAUAUAAACAAAGGUGUUAAAAAGUUCCAGCAACUUUUAUUCCACAAGACACGGUCGGCAAAUAUAAUUUGGACGUAUCAAGAAGCGGAAAUUAAUUAUAAUCUUAUCGCAUAGCAAGUUUCCACUUAAUAAAUAUCUUGCAAAAGUAGAUAUACAUAUAUGUAUAAUUGAAUAUAUUCGUCAAAACGCUGGAUAUAGAAUAAACUAAAUAUUUAGAGUGCUGCGAUAAAUGCUGACGUCGAUACCAAGCAGCAGCCGAGGAAGGUUUUUAAGCAGUGUGGUGUACGUGGCACUUUGCAGUUUGUUUACACAAUAGCUCGCAUACAGAUCAUAUAUUCGCGUACUUCGUUUAAUAAUUUACAUACUUAUAUUCGCAAUGUGUGGCAUAUUCGCCUAUCUUAAUUACUUAACACCGCGGUCAAGACAGGAAGUAUUAGAAUUGCUUUUAAAUGGCCUCAAGAGGUUGGAGUACCGUGGCUAUGACUCAACUGGGUUGGCUAUUGACGAUCCGGAAGCAGAUGAGCAAAGUAACAGCAUUAUGAUUGUGCGGCGCACGGGCAAGGUUAAGGUUUUGGAGGAUGCAAUUGCCGAGGUUUGUAAUAGCGAUGCAUACAAAGUACCCAUCACUACGCAUAUCGGUAUUGCGCACACACGUUGGGCUACGCAUGGUCCACCAUCUGAAAAGAAUUCUCAUCCGCAGCCUUCGGAUGAGGAAAACAGUUUUGUGGUCGUCCACAAUGGUAUCAUUACCAAUUACAAAGAUGUAAAAACCCUGCUGGAAAAACGGGGUUAUGUGUUUGAAUCGGAAACUGAUACUGAAGUGAUUGCUAAGUUGAUUCACCAUUUGUGGCGACAACAUCCAACUUACACGUUUCGCGAACUCGUCGAGCAAGCCAUUCUGCAAUUUGAAGGUGCCUUUGCGAUAGCUUGUAAGUCGAAGUAUUUCCCUGGAGAAUGCGUAGCAUCACGACGUGGCACGCCACUAUUGGUAGGCAUUAAAUCCAAAACUCUCUUACCUAUCGACCACAUUCCAAUAUUGUACGCAAAGAAGCAGAGAGCACAUGGAAAAACAUUACCAGCCGAGAUAUCCUUGCCGCCGCUGUACAACGACACAUCAGCUGAAUAUCAACCGAUGGAAAGCAAAGGAGUCGAAUACUUUUUCGCAUCGGACGCCAGUGCGAUUAUUGAGCAUACUGAUCGCGUCAUUUAUCUUGAGGAUGACGAUGUGGCAGCAGUCAAAGAUGGCAAGUUAAGUAUUCAUCGCCUCAAGAAAUGCCUGGAUGAUCCGCAUGCACGCGAAAUCACUACACUGAAGAUGGAAAUUCAGCAAAUUAUGAAAGGCAACUAUGAUUCAUUCAUGCUAAAGGAGAUAUUUGAGCAACCCGAAUCGGUGGUAAAUACCAUGCGUGGCCGCAUGUUCUUCGAUACAAAAACAGCAGUUUUGGGUGGCAUUAAGGAAUUCAUACCGGAGAUUAAGCGCUGCCGGCGCCUCAUUCUUAUAGCUUGUGGCACAUCAUACCAUAGUGCUGUGGCUACACGCCAGCUGCUUGAGGAGCUAACCGAAUUACCAGUGGUGGUGGAGCUUGCUUCUGAUUUCAUGGAUCGCCAUACGCCCAUUUUCCGUGACGAUGUGUGUUUCUUUAUUUCACAGUCAGGUGAAACAGCCGAUACGCUGAUUGCAUUGCGUUACUGCAAACAACGUGGCGCACUCAUAGUUGGCAUCACCAACACGGUGGGCAGCAGCAUUUGUCGCGAAUCACACUGUGGAGUGCAUAUCAAUGCCGGCCCUGAAAUAGGUGUGGCGUCCACUAAGGCUUAUACGUCACAAUUUAUUUCGCUAGUUAUGUUCGCUCUAGUCAUGUCAGAGGAUAGAUUAUCAUUGCAACCACGUCGCCUUGAAAUUAUUAACGGUUUAGAGGCGCUUGCUGAUCAAAUACGUCAAGUGUUGCAGCUGAAUUCAAAAGUGCAGGAGCUGGCGAAGGACUUGUAUUUGCACAAAUCGCUCCUAAUAAUGGGACGCGGCUAUAAUUUCGCCACAUGCCUGGAAGGUGCACUCAAAGUAAAAGAAUUGACAUACAUGCAUAGUGAAGGAAUAUUGGCGGGCGAGCUAAAGCACGGACCCAUAGCACUGGUGGACGAUGAGAUGCCAGUGCUGAUGGUAAUCAUGCGUGAUCCGGUGUAUAUGAAGUGCAUGAAUGCAUUACAGCAAGUAACUGCACGCAACGGUCGCCCAAUUCUACUGUGCGAGGAGGGUGAUGAGGAUACAAAAGCGUUUUCGUCGCGUUCUUUAGAAAUUCCACGCACGGUGGACUGCCUGCAGGGCAUUCUGACUGUCAUACCCAUGCAGUUGCUGUCAUAUCACAUAGCAGUUUUGCGGGGCUGCGAUGUAGACUGCCCACGUAACUUGGCCAAAUCUGUAACGGUGGAGUAGUAAGGUAGAUUGACUUAAAAACAUAUAUAGCGCAAACCAAAUUAAAAGUUUAUAAAUAUUUUAUAUAACAGAAAGUGAAUUAGUAUUCUUAAAAACUAAAGAAGCACUUUAUACUAUCCUAAUUAAUUUGUUUUUAAAUAUCCCCAUAAUAAUCGUAUUGUGUCAUAGGUAUUACUUGCGUUCGAUAACACACACAUUUGUAAUAGUCAUUCCUAAUAUUUGCAAGUAGCCGAUAACGCCAAAAAUUAGUCAUCACACCAAAAUUUAGAGAGUAAAGUGGCAGUUGGAUGGUAGCAAGGCGAAUUUAUUAUAAUAAUUCCACCUUGGAUGGUAGAGAGAUGUUAAUUUUGUGAUGGAGAAAUGUUAGCCAACAACAACUUAUGCAUGU